UAAUUAAAAUGUUUCAUGCUUAAAAUAAGGGAGGCCUCGGGAGAAUUAUAAACAAAUCUCCUCGUGCUAAUAAUAAUAUUCAAGCGAAGUUGUAGGCUACUGCUUCCAAGCUAUUCAACACGACGAGGGGCCCAGUUCCUAUCCGUAGUGGAGCGACCGCAGUGAGCAACUUUCAACAUUUUCUUUCGGAAAAUUCACUUUUAUUCUGUUCGACAAGUCAGUAAUAUUGUAGUUUUAUCCCUGCGUUGAGUGACAUUGAGUGAUACUGUAUUUUAGUCCGUAACGUAGAGUGGAAUAAUUACAUUUUGGAGUCCGCGAUGUGACCAAAACAGGAAGUGUUUGAGAGUUUACGGUCGCACUAACCGGUGUUACGGUUUAACAGGCGACCCAGUUAACUGGCGACUUCCUGUCGAGCUGUCCUUCGUGAAUGCCGCUUGGUUUAAUUUUUCAAUGAAGUGUAAACCCCUCUCAUAUACAUAAUAAUAAUAUACUAUACAUAUUAAACAAUACGAGGGCAGCUACGUGUUCUCUUCAUAUUUUCAACAGCUGUCUGUAGACACACCAACGGGCGCGUUGGUUCAAAGUCGCCAGUUAACACGGUCGCUUCUUAAUCCGUAACACGGGCAACAUCCGCAUUCUCUCGGUUUCAACAUGUGUGUGGCUCGUGAGGACGACGUGUGACGCUUUAUUUUCAAUGGUUGCUGGAUUAAAUCUUACCCAGAUACAACAGAUACGUUUUUUUUUCUGAUUGGCUAUUGUGUAGCCCAUUUCUUUUUUUUGAUUGGCUGAUAAGUGGCACCUCACAGCAGAAAUCCAGGGGAGCGCUUGAUUCCUCCACGGUGAGGGCAGCGCGGCCAGCUCAUGUUUACGCGCUGUGGCACAUUAAAACAUUAAAUAGCCGAGAGUAUUUUUCAGCGUGAGAAAUACGAUGUGUGGCGGGAGUGCGUGACUUAAGACCGAAAUGCGUGAGUCUCACGCUCAAUGCGUGACACUUGAGAGCCCUGCACUCUGUCGGCCAACUAGCUAGCCGGGGACAAGCUAACAGCAACCUAGUCACGAACCACGUAAAUACCGGUCGGGGAGCCGUUUCUGCAUGGUUCAGCACCACGUCACAGGGCCUGGUGUUUACCCUCCAGCCCCGUAACAUGAAGGUAUGGAGGAGCGGAAGCUAAAGAGAAAGAGUCCCAGGACCUCCACCAACACGGCGGCCCCGACCGGUGGCACUGGCCGGAAGAGCAACGCGCCCUCCCAGGGACGGCAGGUCGGCAACACGGGGACUCACUCCAGCCAAAGGAACAAAAAUAAAAGGGGAGUCAAACCCAGGCAUCAUCUGGGUUUGGGUGGGAGACUUCAUCAGAACCAGGGCCAGACGGCACCCAUCAUCCAGCACUCCUUUCUGACCGAUGUAUCGGACGUACAGGAGAUGGAGAACGGCCUGCUCAGCCUCCUCAACGACUUCCACUCAGGGAAACUACAAGCGUUUGGCAACGAGUGCUCCAUCGGCCAGAUGGAGCAGGUGAGAGAGAUGCAGGAGAAGCUGGCACAUUUGCACUUUGACCUCCACAGCGAGGUGGACGAAAUGCCCGAGGACCAGAAGAAAGUAGCCUGCGACACCAACAUGGACAAAUUACUUCUGAACCUUGAGGAGCUGAGUUCAUCAAUUCAGAAACUGAAUCUGGCCGACUCCCAGGAGACCCCGAGGACUGCCAGCAUGUGAUUCAUCUCUCCUGCACCCCGUCUGAGCCAGACCCGCCUCACCUAGAGGGGCUGAUGAGGCGAGCUCAAAGGCACUAUUUCUCCUUCAAGUAUUGUGGCCGUUCACCAGCGUUUCCACGUCUGGAUUUACUGUAAGAUGUCACAACAGGGAUGCACCCACAGCCGUAUUCUUCACUGCCGAGAAAAUACCGAACAGCGGGAUGACGGGGAUGAACCUCCGGAGACGGGAUUGAAUUUCUACUGAUGAAUCGGAUGCAGUGUUUUCCUCUUUUCUCUCAACGUUUGCGUCGGUCCAUCCGCGUGGUCGGUUCACUCGUCUCCAAACGGUGUAGAUUUGCAAUACACUGCUACCCGAAGCAGCUGAUUAAUUAUAAGUGAUUUUAAUUCUCAGAUACCUAAACUCUCUGUUGCACUUUGUCUUAAUUGUUGUCACACAAACUAAAGACGUGGAGCUAAACAUAUCAAAGUAUAGAUGCAUAAAUUAUCUUUAUAACUGUUUUCCUACAUAUAGCUUUAAACCCAAUCGUAUAUCUCAUUUUAGAGACUUAAAAUAUAAGUUUCCUGAUGACAUUAAUUAUAGUUAAAUCCACAAAUAAUAUUUAAAUGAUAGAAACUGCACUGUUUGCUAUGACUUGUUUCUACCUGUGUGCGGCCUUACAUCAGCUCCAACACCUUGUUCAGUGUUAAAUAUAUAUUUAAACAUAUCCAUAAAACAUGCAUAAAACACCCUGCACAUCAUCACUUUGACGCUGGAAGAUACUGAAUUAUCCAAAUGUCACAAACAUGCCUUACAUUAGUCAUUUAUUAAUGUUUUGCCUUGUUGGAUCUCACCUUUUUAAAAUGACUUGCAUAGAGCAAGCGUCUGUAUUAAUAUAAUAUAUGAUCAUUUGAUGCUGCUUUGAUUUACAUCCUACUUUAUCACUUCUUGUUUUAACCAGUAUUGAUGUGAGGUUAUUUCUGAUGUUUGGUGGUUGUAUUUUUAUUGACCUAAUAAUAAAUGUUUUCUCCUGA